AUGCGUCGCCCCGAACCGGAGGCCUUUGAGGAGCCGGCUGCACGGGCGAACCCCGCCGUGACGGGACGGGGAGAAGGCGGUGGCCGGGCCGAGGGUUUCCGCGCGUUUUGGGGCGCGCAGCCGCGCUGGAGCGGGCUUUUCUCUGCUCCUUCAGAGGCUUGGAUCGAUCGCUACCACAAGCAGCUGGUGAGGUCCAUCUCGCCGCAGUUCCUGGAGGAGAUCAUCUGCUACCUGCGGAGGCUGGACCUCCUCACGGCGGAGGAGGCCGGCCGGGCACAGGAGGUGAGCUCCCUGCCCGAGCAGGUGAGGGCGGUGGUGGAUGUCCUGGCUGGCAAGGGCAGCUACGCCUCCCAGUCCCUGCAGACCUUCAUCAAGACCACCAAUUCCCAGCUCUACCUCCACAUCACUGUCUAUGUGGUCACUGGACCAUGUAAGUCCAAACCCAUGGUGCAGAAGCACCUGGAGAGCCUCCAAAGCUAUUAUGGGAAUGGCUUGGAAACAGGUCCCCUCCAGCGACUCAGGAACCUGUUGCUGGUGGAAGGCUUGACCGAUAUCCAGCAGAAGGAGCAUGACAUCCUGCAGAUUGAAGCCACCAAAGGCCUACGAAAUGCAUCCAAGAGCAUCCCUCUGGAGAAGCUCUUCCUGCCUCUCUCCAAGGUCAGCAUCGCACCUCGGAUCUCUGUCACCAUCGGAGUGGCCGGGAUUGGCAAAAGCACACUGGUGAAGCUGUUUGUCUACACCUGGGCAAAGGGCGAGAUCAACAGGGACAUCAUCUUUGUGCUGCCCCUCACCUUCCGGGAGCUCAACACCUACGAGAAGCUCUCUGCCGAGAGGCUCAUCUGCUUGGCAUUCCCUCACAUCACCGAGCCGAACUGCAUCUCGGCGGGAGCCGCCAGGACCCUGCUGAUCCUCGACGGCUUGGAUGAGUUCAAGACUCCCUUGGAUUUUUCCAACACAGUAGUAUGCACUGAUCCCAAAAAGGAGAUCCAAGUGGACAACCUGAUCACCAACAUCAUACGUGGCAACCUGCUGCAGGAGGCUUCUGUCUGGGUCACAUCGCGGCCAACAGCAGCCAGCCAAAUCCCUGGCGGGCUUGUUGACCGGAUGACGGAAAUACGAGGUUUUGGAGCUGCAGAGAUGAAGGACUUCUUGGACCAGAUGUUCCUUGACAACAGAGACCUAUCCAGCCAAGUCCUGCAUCACAUCAGGGCUAACAGGUCGUUAUACGUCAUGUGCACCGUUCCCGGCUUUUGCUGGAUUUCUGGCUCCUCAAUUGGUUACUACCUAAAAAAUAGCACCGAUCAAUCCCAAGAAACAACCGCCGUCCCCAAGACCCUGUCAGAAAUCUACUCCUAUUAUUUUAAAAUGGCUCUGAGCAGCGACUGGCUGGAAAAGCCAAGAGAAACACUCAGGAUCGAGCAGGCUGUCAACAGCAGCAAGAAGAUAGUGGGCAGCCUGGGCAGACUGGCCUUCUACGGGCUGCUCAAAAAGAAACACGUGUUCUAUGAGCAGGACAUGAAAGCGUACGGCAUUGACCUUUCCCUGCUGCAGAGCAGCUUGUGCAGUCGACUCCUACUCAAAGAAGAGAUGCAGUCCUUCACAGCCUACUACUUCUCCCACUUAACCAUACAGGAGUUUCUAGCGGCUAUUUAUUAUUACACGGCUGCAAAGCGGGCAAUAUUCGACCUCUUCACGGAGAGUGGGAUGUCCUGGCCCAAGUUGGGUUUCCUCAACCACUUCAGGAGUGCUGUUCAGAGGUCGCUGCAGGCAGAGGACAGGCAGCUGGACAUCUUUGUGCGUUUUCUCUCCGGGCUCCUCUCCCCGCAGGUGAACAAGCUGCUCUCUGGGUGGCUGCUGGUGAAGGAUGAGCACAACAGCUUCAGGAGCCAAGCGAUCAGCUUCCUCCAGGGUUGCCUGAACACCGACUACAUCAUCUCCUCGCGGACAGUGAACACCAUGCACUGCCUGUAUGAAAUUCAGCACAUGGAAAUCGCUAAGACUGUGGAAGAAGCCAUGAAGAACGAGAGCUUGGCUGGGACACUCACCCCCGUGAACUGCUCUGCCCUAGCUUAUCUCCUGCAGGUCUCCGACAUCUGCAUGGUGGAGACAAACCUCUCCAACUGCCUCACCUACAACGUCUGUAAGAGCCUGCUCUCCCAGCUCCUCUUCUGCCACAACCUCAGGCUGGACAAUAACCAGUUUAAGGACAACGUGAUGGAGCUGCUGGGCAGCGUGCUGAGCGUGAAGGACUGCCAGAUCCAGAAGCUCAGCUUAGCAGAAAAUCAGAUCAGCAAUAAGGGAGCCAAGGCACUGGCCAGGUCACUGAUGGUGAACAGGAGCCUGACGGUGCUGGACCUGCGGAGCAACUCCAUCGGCCCCACCGGAGCAAAAGCACUGGCUGAUGCGCUGAAAAAAACUUCGCUCCUCUCUCCUUGCAGCCUGCAGCACCACGCCAUCAAGGAGGAUGUGAGUGACCACGACCUGCUGUCCCCCACCCCCAGCCCCCCAGAAGACCCAGGUGCCGCUGAUGGGGACGUGGCACCUGAUAUUCAUGGGUGCCUUCCUCACCUUCGCAGCCUGCAGAAAAACGCCAUCGGAGCCCACGGUGCCGGGAAAAUAGCAGAGGCACUGAAGCGGAACCGCGGCCUGAAGGAGCUGGCACUCUCCAGCAACUCGGUAGGAGACAACGGCUCGGUUGCCUUGGCCGAAGCUCUGAAGGUGAACCACAGUCUGCAAAGCCUCGAUCUCCAGAGCAACUCCAUCAGCAGCGCUGGGGUCACCGCCCUGACAGCGGCUCUCUGCUCCAACAAGGGGCUCAUCAACCUCAACCUGAGGGAGAACUCCAUCAGCAAGGAGGGAGGCCCCGCCAUCGCCCGUGCCCUGCGGACCAACAGCACCCUCAGGAAGCUGGACUUAGCGGCCAACCUGCUGUACGACGAGGGCGGCAAGGCCAUCGCUUUGGCCAUGAAAGAGAACCGGGCGCUCACGUCCCUCCACUUGCAGUGGAACUUCAUCCAAGCAAAAGCUGCUGCUGCCCUAGCACAAGCACUACGGUCCAACGGCAGCCUGGCCAGCCUUGACUUGCAGGAGAACGCCAUCGGAGAUGAGGGAACAGCCGCCCUCUCCGCCGCACUGAAGGUCAACACAACCCUAGCAGACCUCCACCUGCAGGUAGCUUCAGUUGGUGCAGUUGGUGCCCAAGCCCUGGCAGAAGCCUUGAUGGUCAACAAGAGCCUGCAGAUCCUGGACUUGCGGGGAAACUCCAUCGGCGUGGCAGGGGCCAAGGCGAUGGCCAACGCACUGAAGGUGAACCGCAGCCUCCGCCGGCUCAACCUGCAGGAAAACUCCCUGGGCAUGGACGGAGCCAUCUGCAUCGCCACUGCGCUGAAGGGCAACCACGGCCUCACCUACGUGAACCUGCAGGGGAACUGCAUCGGCCAGUCGGGAGCCAAGAUGAUCUCAGACGCUAUCCGGACAAACUCACCCAACUGCGUCGUGGACAUCUGA